GUUCUUGAUGAACGAUUGGAUCAACGAGUCAAUAAAAUGAUUCAGAAAGGUUUACGAGCCGAAAUCGAACAGUUCUACGAUGAACAUAAACACUGCUUGAGUCCGUAUGGCGUUGCACAGUCGAUAGCAAUCAAAGAAUUUUUGCCAUAUUUGAAAUUGGAUCAAGAGAAGCGGUUGGAUGAUGAAGGUGAUAGGUUGUUUGAGGACGGUUGCACGGCCUUGAAGACACACACUCGACAGUACUCAAGAAGACAACGCAAUUGGGUCAGACAACGUUUCAUACGACGAUCGAAAACCAGACAGGUUCGCGCUCUUCUAUAA